AUGGCGUCUAUAAUCAUUCGCACUACCAUCAUUCAGGACAAUUGCCCAGAUAUUAUUGUUUUGGAUCUUGCUCCUAAUAGAAAGUGUAGCUCAAAGUCUACUUAUAAGUUAUGUUUGCAGGAUAUUCAAACGCAACCAAGGAAUCGGCCAUUUCAGGUUUCUCAUCAGGUUAAAGCUUUGCUAAAGCAACUUUGGAAACAAAAACUGAUGGACCCAAGAGAAGACUUUUCCCUGGAGAUUGCUUCGGAAAGCCCUUCCAAUAGAAGUCCAGAUGUGAUUGUCUUUUCGAGAGAAGGUGCUCACUCCCAGAUCAGGGAAGCACUCUUACAACUGAUCUUCUUGUUGAUGGUACUAAGAUCUAUUCUGAUGAUUCUUUUAGGUGCUCAAAAGUUCCAGUGCGUUCAGCAAACUCACAUUCUCACCUAUUUGUAUGGAUGGUUUAUAGGACUUCUCAAAACCUUCAAGAUUAAGGAACAGGCUAUCAGAGAAUCUGGGGAACAAAAGCAGGCCAACCAACAGCUCGUCACCUCCUCAUCGCUGGAUUUAAAGGUUGCUGCUCUUGGAUGGGUUCCUCAUCGGCAAGGAGAAAACAACACGAUUAUCUCCUUCUAUCUUUCUCCAGAAAAAUUCGUUGAGCACAAGGGGGAGCUAAUUCGUGCUAAAGCUAUGGAGGGAGUUCUUUGCUUUGAAUAUAUGCAGCGUGGAAGCCUUGAGAAAUAUAUUGGAGAUGAAUCUUGUAAACUUGAUUGGAGAACAUGUUAUGAAAUUAUUAAAGGGACAUGUGAGGGUUUAAAUCAUCUUCACAUGCAGAAAAAUCGUAUUUUCCAUCUGGACAUGAAACCUGCUAACAUAUUGCUAGAUAAUAGCAUGGCGCCCAAAAUUGCAGAUCUUGGUUUGUCCAAGCUUGUUUCUUCGACAAUAACAUAUAAAACAGAGGUGAAAAAAGGAACAUAUGGGUACAUGCCACCAGAAUACAUAAACAAUGGAUUCAUAUCUGACAAGUUUGAUGUGUCCAGUCUAGGGGUCAUAAUUAUAAAAAUUGUGGCCAGGAAUACAGGCCACGUCAGCUGUUUUGAAAUGUCCCAAGAAGAGUUCAUUGAGCUUGUGAGAAAGGUAAGUAAAUAUUGGAAGGAGAAGAUGCAGGCAGUGUCAGGGUAUUCAUCUCACGAGAUAUACAUCCUUCAAGUGCGCAGAUGCACUGAGAUAGCAUUAAGAUGUAUAUCCAAGGAUCGAAAAGAAAGACCUAAUAUAGAUGAAAUUGUUCUUGAACUGGAGGAACUGGAGGUUGAGACCAAGAAAAAUGCACUACCUUUUGAUGGGUCAAAAUACCUAAUUCUGAAGAGAAGUUGUGCCACCAAUGAUGUGGCGGUGGACCCAGCCUUGGAGUUGCGCUUCCUCUUCGAGCCGAGGAAGGAGGUGUCGUGCUGCCUGCAGCUCACCAACAAGACGGAUGGUUUCCUCGCGUUCAACAUAAAGGUCAAUAAGAACAAGUACCGCGCACAGCCCAGCAUCAGCACAAUGCCUCCGUGCUCCAAGUGUUAUGUCAUCGUGACGCUGCGUCCGCAGGGGGCGGCACCACCCAACAUGCAGUGUCAUGAUAUGCUGCUCGUGCAGAGCACCAGCAUCAGCGAGCAACUGGCAUCAGAAGAUACUCAAAUUUCUUAUCAAGAAGUGUUCAAGACAACCUUAGCGGAGAAGGUGGUAGAUGAGGUGAAACUGCCAAUUGUUUAUGUUGCUUUAUUGGAUGGAUAA